AUGAAAAACUCUCGAAUGUUGAAAGAAAUGCCCAUAUAUUGUUAAAUUGCUUUUGAGGGGCAUCCCUUUCUUUUGUAAUGCUGGUUAUAAUUUGGAAAUAAUUGGCAAUUCUUGUACAUCUAUUUGCGGAGAUAGCACAAUUAUGUUGAAGAAUUAUGUGAUGAUGGAAAUCAUCUUAUUUAUGAUGGUUAUAGCUGCUAAUUUUAAUGUUAGGAGGAAUGUGCUGAUUGUUAACCUGGUAAUUUUGAAAUGGUUUAAAAUGAAUGGCAAAUUAUUUCAUUCCAAUAAUUUGUAGUUUAAGAUUAUAAUUCAUUAUUUAAUAAUAUAAUGACUUCUUCUGCCAUUCCUCUUCAUUUAGAGGGAGCUGAAGUAAUGAUAGGGGACGCCCUAUGGAAACUUUAUGAGAAAGAAGAAUCAGAUAUAAAUGUCAAGGGCUACAUUUAUAAUGAAAAUGAGAAUAAUCACUACCCUUUAGCUCUAUUUGUCGAUUCAGAUGAUCAAAUGAUAAACAAAGUCAAAAAAUAUUAAUCAAUAAAGUAUAGGUCUCGAAAGGAGGAUGCAUCAAACAAUUAUUGCAGAGGUUAUUUUGCUCUUGGGAAAGAAUUAAUUAAUCAAAGUUUAGAUUAAUUGAGAAAACAAAUAGAAAGUAUUGACAGACUAGAUUAAUAUUACUUCUGCGUUGAGUGGUGGAACAGGAUCAGGUUUCGCCACUUAUCUUUUGAAGAAAAUUUCAAUUGAAUAUGGAAGAAAGACUUAAAAAAAUGCAUUCUUAGUUUAUCCUUCUCAAAAAAUGUCUAAUAAUAUAGUAGAUUUCUAUAAUAUUAUAUUAUCCACUGAGUUAACUUCAGAUCUUUGUGGCUCUGUUGUAAUGUUGGAUAAUUAAUAAAUGUAUGAAACCAUAGAUUCACAAAUUGGUUUGGAUUCUGUUUAUUACACUCACUUAAAUAAUUUAAUAUUAUAAUUAAUUACAUCUUAUACGUAUUGA